GAGAAGGCGGCGGGUGUAGGCUGUUCACGGAGGAGUACUGUAGUUGCGAGCCAGGAUGAUCCGCCUUAAAGCCAAGCAGGCGGAGAAGAAGGCCGAGGAGAAGGAGGCGGCGGCCGCUGCGGCCGAGACGGGCGAGGCUCCCAAGCCCAAGACGAAGAUCCUGGGCGUGGGCCGUGGCAAGCGCGCCGGCGCCAGCAAGAAGAAGCGCACGCCCGGCGAGAUCCGCAUCCAGAAAGAUAUCGCGGAGCUGGACGGCGGCAAGGCGGCGUCCAUCGACUUCCCGGAGCCGAACGACCUCACGGUGUUCAACGUCAAAGUCACUGUGGACACGGGUCUGUGGAAGGGCGCGGCAUACGACUUCAGCUUUAAGAUCCCGCCUAUGUAUCCGCAUGACCCGCCCAAGGUUCGCUGCCAGACGAAAAUUUACCACCCCAACAUUGACCUGGACGGCAACGUGUGUCUGAACAUCCUGCGCGAGGAUUGGAAACCCGUGCUGGACAUCAACUCGGUCAUAUACGGUCUGAUCUACCUGUUCUACGAGCCCAACCCGGACGACCCGCUGAAUAAAGAAGCUGCAGAGCUGUUCCGCAACGACCCCAAGCAGUUUGCCGCGGUGGUGCAUCGGUCUUUGCGUGGGUACAGCGUCCAAGGCAUCGAGUUUGAGCGGCUGAUCUAAACUCACGCAGGUUCAGACCGAACCAAAUAGUUCUGAU